CGGAGGGGCCCGGGUCACCCCGCGUCCCGCACGCCCGCGCACCGGGAAACAGCGGUCGCGCCAGUGUGACCUCAGCGGGGCCCGGCGCGCUCCCGGCGGCGCGUCACAUGCGCGCGCGGACGGUGGGGCGCGCGGAGUGAUCGGCGGCGGGUGUGAAGGAAACAAACCAUGACAAUCCAAUGGGUGGCGGUUGUCAGCUUUCUUUAUGCUGAAAUAGGACUCAUUCUAAUCUUCUGCCUGCCCUUUAUCCCUCCUCAGAGAUGGCAGAAGAUUUUUUCAUUUAGUGUCUGGGGUAAAAUUGCAAGUUGUUGGAACAAAGCUUUCCUUACCAUUAUAAUCCUAUUGAUUGUUCUGUUUCUAGAUGCUGUGAGAGAAGUAAGGAGGUAUUCCUCCAGUCAAGUCGUUGAGAAGAACGCAGAUGGCAGACCUAGUGCCUAUGAGCACACACAGAUGAAGCUCUUCAGGUCCCAAAGAAAUCUUUAUAUUUCUGGAUUCUCAUUAUUUUUUUGGCUAGUGUUGAGACGUCUGGUUACGCUUAUUACUCAGCUGGCAAAAGAAAUAGCAAACAAAGGAGUGCUUAAAACUCAAGCAGAAAAUACCACUAAGGCUGCCAAGAAAUUCAUGGAAGAGAAUGAAAAACUAAAAUGGGUGCUAAAAAACCAAGGCAAGGAUGAAGAAAACAUUUUGGAAACUGAAAAUAAAAAACUAAUAGAAGACCAGGAAAAACUGAAAACCGAAUUGAAGAAGGCAUCAGAUGCCCUUUCAAAGGCACAAAAAGAUGUGAUAACUAUGAAGAUGCAGUCAGAGAGACUGUCAAAAGAGUAUGAUCGACUCCUGAAAGAACACUCAGAACUUCAGAACCGUUUUGAAAAAGAGAGUAAGAAAGGCCUGUGAACUAACUUUAUAAAAGAAGAUCGUGAUACACCUUGUCAAGAUAAUAAAUUUGUUAUCAUGGUAGCCACUAAAACUUUUAAAAUUCAGUUUAAAAAGAAAAAGAAGCAGCUCUGUUAGUCGCCACAGACACACAUAGGCUGUAAAAUGUGUCAGAUAUAAAGUAUGUAUUUCAGCUCUUUUAAAAAAUAUAAGCAUGUUACAUAUUAUAUUUACAUAUUGCUAAUAGCAUUGGUGUAUGAUGAUUCUUUACCAGUAAGAGGAAAAAUUCAUUAGCCAGCCAUGUACUUCCCAAAUUAGAUCAAAAUUUGCAUGAAACCAUUAUUAGCUUUGAAAGCUUAGUUAGGUUUUUAGUAAUAAUCAGAGGACAGUGGUGGUGAAAAUGAUGUGCUUGAAAAUAGUACUCAGUAGCAGAAAAUUUGUUCACAGGGAAAUAAGGAUAAAUUACCACAAUUAGCCACUGUGUUUAUAGAGAAGAGUCAGAGAACAAUGAAAACAAUGGCCUUAGGGUUUUUUAAGCCUAAUGAUUCUGUAAUUUACUCUACAUAUGACAGCACUAUGGAUAGUUGUAUUUUUGUUACUGUGCUUUUGUACAAUUAUACUAUUGAUAUUUGUUCAGUCAUAUAUAAUUAGUAUUCUAUCUUUUCAAGUUUGUCUGGUAAUAGAAUUUAUUUCCAUUUGCAAAACUGUCAUAACACUGAAUUGAACUUAUGUUGUACUGUGGAAUUCUCCACUUACAAAGCUCAUUUAUGACAUCCAAAAAGCAAUGUUUUUUAUGCUUGUGAAAUACAGGUAUUUGUAAUAUACAGGUAUUACCUCAAUAUCCAUGCACUGGUGUCAUAUAGAUCUCUCUAAUUCCCAAAGUUAAAUACUGGUUUUCAUGCAAAUAUUCAUGUGGACAUAAUGAUUGUAGUAAUAUGAUUUAGGUUACUUUGAGUGUUUAACUGUAAAAAGCCACUUGUCUUAAUGUGACUUAAAUAUAAAAAAAUGCAAAAUAAUAAUUAGAGUUUGUACUACUCUAGUCUUUGUUUUAUCUAUAAUUUUUAAUGCCAAUUUUAUGUAUAGUUAAUUGUUCUCACUGUAAAGUGGGUAAAAUGAGUAAUACCUAAUUUUAUUUCAGAUAAAAGUCAGGAGUUAGUGCUAGAAAUCAGACAUGAAUAAGACAUUCAAAAGGGGUAAGAUCUGGGAUGAUACCACCAUAAAUAAAAAGGAAAGGGAAUGCUAAAUUAGAAGGAAACUGCCCAAUGACCUCUCAGACUUUAGACUUAGAAAUAUCAAAGCGAGAGUAACAAUGGUAAAUAUAGAUACUGAGUGUGUGAGAUUUUAACCUACUCUACAGAUAUCAAUUGCUAUGUCAGUAUAACAUAAGUUAAAGGGAAACUGCACAGCUUUAAAAUUAGAACCAACAGCUAAUCCUAGCCUCAUGCCUUAUUGACUUGUUUAGUCAUGUGAUUUGAACAAAUUAUUCAAAUUUACUAGGCCUCCUUUUCCUCAUUUCCAAAUUGAGAAUAUUAAUAUUUAAAUAAGGGUUACUAUGUAAACUAAUAUGAAUCUCUCAUAGUGUAGUAUAGUCUAGUGUAGUAUAGUAUAGUAUAGAAAAAUCUGUUUGACAAAUUCAUGGAUUCGAAAGUUUCACCAAAAAAGCACUUUAAAGUUUACAGUUAGGGAAGCCUAGACCUCAACACUCAAUUUUACAGAUCUUUAGUUUGAGAGCUCAAACUUUUGAGGAUUUUUCCUGGGGGAAAUAGAAAAGAGAGCCAGGUUUAGGAAUUGAAAAUGCAGGUAUCCUAGUUCCCUGGAUAUUAGUCAUCUUAAUUUGCAAACUAGUUUAAUUUGUGAAACCUUAAACAAUGUCAUAUAUGUAUAAAUAAACUGAUAACUUGA